AGUGUUAUAUCAUAGGUUUCAGUGUUUCGACUGAGGGAGAAGUCUUCUUGAUAAUCCAUGUAUAUGUAACUCUUCUGGAAAGCAAUUUGGAAUUAUUUAAAUGAAGUAGCUAAGAUGUCCACUUGUUUUGAUCUGGAGAGCCCACUAUUAGACACAUACUCCCAGGAUGUCACUGACAAAAAGGAAGCACACAAAUACACGAAAAUAUUUAUAGUAGGAAUUUUAUGGUGACAAAGAACUGGAAACAAAGUAGAUGCCCGUCAAUUAAGAAGUAGCUAAACAAAUUUUGGUCUACAAAUUACUGUAUUAUAUGAAACACUAAGAAUACAGAGAACAUAGAAAGAUUUACAUGAACUAAUGCAAAGCAAGCAGAGACAUAAAAAUAUUAUAUACAACACUACAACAAUGUAAAUAGAAACAGAACAGUCAAAAGGGAAUAUUAGAAAGUAUAAAAACAAAGUUGGCCCCCCAAAAGAAAACUGAAAAAAAAAUCCUGCUCCUUUGUAGAAGAGGGAGUAGAGGUCCCCAGGGACAGAACAUGACAUCUAACAUCAGUUAUUAAAAAAAAAUUACUCUGUUGAAUUUUUUUUCUUUCUUCCUCGAUUUUUGCUCUCUUUUAAAAACAUUCUUUAUUAUAUGAGAUGAUUCGAGGGGAGGAAAAUCUAAGUGAUAUAAAAACAAAAAAAAAUUUACUUUUGAAAAAUCAUGUAGGGAGCUCAGUGGAUUGAGAAGGAGGCCUAGAAAUGGUAAGUCCUAGAUUCAAAUCUGUCCUCAGACACCUCCUAGCUGUGUGACCCUGGGAAAGUCACCUAACCCCUAUUGCCUAGCCUUUACCACUCUUCUGCCUUAGAACCAAUACAAAAUAUUGAUUCUAACACAGAAGGUAAGGGUUAAAACAUCAUGUAUCUGCUAUUCCUAGUUAAAUCAAUAUUCAUUUACAAAAGGAGACUAGUAUGGUCCUAUAUUGAUUCAUUUAUAAUCCAACAAUUGACAUAAUUACUUCUGAGAAACACUUUUGACUAUAUUAACAGUAUAGAUAUAUUAUAUCUUUGAUUUAGAGCUUGAAAGUUACUGAGGUCAUCUAAUCCAAAUCUCUCAUUUUGCAGAUGAAGACCCAGAGAGGUUAAAUUAUUUGCCCAAGGUCACACAUGUGGUUAACUAAAUUCCAUCCCAGUUCCUCUGACUCCAGUACUCUUUUUACUAUCCCACACUUCCUCUCCUUAUGUUUCUAUUUUUUAUGCCUAAAAGCACCAGAAAUCAGGGCCAUUUAAGUUAUGCCACUGACCACGAAACAUCUGUGAGGUCCCUUCCAGCUUUAAAUAUAUUAAUCAAUCAAAACUUGACUCAAUAAAUAUUGAUUAAACACUUCCUCAGUGGCAGGCAUUGAGCUAAACGCUGGGGAUACAAAGAUCAAAGAGAAAGUCGCUGUCCACAAAACUUACGAAACGUUUAUUAAGUGCUACCUUGUGCUAAGGACAUUGAUGAAAUGGUUGAUACAAAAUUUGGAUUAUAUGAGGUUUUUGGUCUCAAGUUUCAUGGGUUGUUCAUGAGAACUGUAUUUUUGUUUCUUUGUUUUACACGCCAUGAUAUCACAACAUUUUGUGAAAAAAAAAUCCUUAACAAUUUGCUAAUAAAAUAACUAUAUGUCACCGCAAAACAAAACGAGGAGACAAAAAAAACAAAAACAAAAAAAACUGAAGUCCAGGAGUUCAAAUUCAAAAUUAUUCCGCUCUCUCUUCUCUCCAAGUUAUUGUUCCAGCUGAAGGUAUUCCCACAAUUGCCAGGAGAUGGCGCUGUGGAUUUUAAAUCUCGAUGUGGAAGCAUCUCCAAGGUUUCUUUUUCUUAACUCGCGAGCGUUUGAAAAGUUCCAAAACCUUUUAGUCCAAAGAUUUUAGCUUCGCAAAAGUGCCCGAGAAGUGUUGUAGGGGCAAGGGGAACAAUUCCCAACGAAACAAUAAAAAUAUGAAAAAAGCGAGUGGCCAAGUAGGUAUGUCUUCCCUAAGGACAACGGAAAAGCUUAACACAAGAAAACUCGCCCAGGUAAAGGUUAAAAUUAAGAAAAUCGGGACGAAAGAACAGAAGAGAAGUGGGAGAAUGGGAAGAAAGAUGAAGGGAGGAGAAAAAAGCUUGUCUUUGACAAAGCCAUUUUCAUCUUUUGCUUUUCCCCUUGCAUUAUUUCCAUCCGCUAUGCAACUUCGCCCAGCCUAGCAGCAGGGACGAGAAGAAACAACUCCUUUCCCCUUACUUCUCCCUAUUUCUGUAAACCAGACCGCUUGGGGAAAGCUUCACUCAUUUAGAAGGUGUGACCCGGCUUGCACACAUGCCACUCACUGUAAAAGUUGGGUUUUAGCAAGCAAAAGUGGGGUUGCAUGGUUCCCCGCAAUUCCACAUUCUACAUCACUGGAUUCUUUAUCACAGUAUCUUUGAUGGUCUGCUCCCUCUGUAAAAAAAUUGUGUAAUUGUACAAAUAAACAUAUACAUGCAUGUAUGCAUAUACAGAAUGGCCUUGAUUUUGUUGAGACUGAAGUUCUACAUUUCUGAAAAUCAUGGAAUUCCCAAAGUGAUAUUUAAGGUCUCACUCCUCCCCCUAAAUGGGAGGAUAUUUUGCUCUGGCUGAGAUUUUCCGUCUCCCUAACCUUUGUCACUGACUCUUCAACAGAAAGAUCCGGUUAUUCUUGAUAACUGCAUGGUAAACUAGUGGUAAUACUGUUUUAAUCAUCUCAGAGCGCCGAGCUUUGUGAAAUCCAGAGUUGUGGCUGAAAAGAUCUGGGUAACUAAAUGACUUCGCGAAUAACUCCGAGCCAGGAAGUUAAUCCGAAUCUAAUUCUUGUUCCCUGGAAAACUGUCAUGGAAGUGACGACCUCGUCAUCUUGAACUGCAUGGGCCAUCGUCCCCCUGCCUAUGCACUUACACUUUUCAAGCUUCCAGCUCGGUACAAUGACUGGACUGACCACUCAGCAGGUCCCCAAACAGGGUCGUUAAGUGCAUCUGUCGUAUUGCCUGUACUGGACUGCGGGGGAAAGUUCUCAGAAAAGUGCAGGCUAGAAAAAGCGCGUCCUGCGGACCCAAAAUGGUGUGAGUAUACACCUUUCCUUAAGCUACACUGUUAUAAACUCGGUUUUUGGCCACGGCUGCUCUUCUGGGGACUGCACAGGUUCUCAAACACAGGACGUUCCAAAUCCAUUCUUCUUGGAGUCACAGAAUGGUCUCUGUGUGCUGAGACACAGUUCAGAGCUGUUGAACACGACAAAAGAUGGCAAGGCACACUGGUGCAUCUGCUUCUCCAAAACCUGUCUAGACCCCAUAUUGAACGACUUUUGCUGAACUUUGCAAUUGACUUCGAGUUUACUGAAAGAAAAAAUCCUGUACAACUUGCCAUCUUUCCCCUUCUCCCAGCAAAAAACAAACCCCACCCCACCCCCCAAUCUAGGGUGCCUUGUCUAUUCUACGUUGUAACGCUGGGUUCCUAGAACCUUUUUCCUUCAGUUAGCAGCAAGGUUCUAUAGGUGUUGUGCCAAUGACAUGGCUAUCAGUCAAGAAAAUACUCUUGGUUUGACCUUACAAACAUGGGCUGAACUGGGGGUUUCCAGUUUAUCUUUGUUUUUACUUUAAAUGUCUGAAAAUGUAUGCAGUAGCAAAAAAUUAUCAAAAAAUGUCUCUCCUUCCCUCAACCCAAACCAUGUAGUUUUAAAACCCAAUCUAAAUAUAAGCUCUGUCAGACAUCUAAUGCUCUAGUUUCAAUGGUGUGCUGACUGCUGAAUAUUCCAACAUCAUUUCAGGGCUGUAGGUGAACUCCCUUCUUUUGCAGUGAAACUGUCUUAAUCUUUAUAAAAUACGCUUGGGCGUCAGUAAAUUUCAAAAUCUAAAUGCAGACUAGGGGGAUUCUGCCUUUAGCAAAUGAAGAAUGUUAAGCCACCACAGUUCUAUGUUAUGAGGAGAUCAGCUCUUUGCUCUUGCUAAUCUUUCCGCCAAUCACCACUGUCAGGUAACAGAGCUUGUAGUUGUAUACCGGACCAAAAGAGAAAGAAAAAGUUCUCCUCCUCCUCCUCCUCCAUUUCCCGUGCGUUUUUAAAGGCAGUCGGUGGUCCACUGUAGCAUCCUGGUUUCUAUUCAAACCAAGCUUCAUUCAUAGAUUAACUUGUAACCUUUUCAAAACUGCAGAGACCAACAUUCUCCAUCCUGGAAUGAGCUUCCUUUGAUACCACUCUCCUACUUUUCGAAGUUGUGGCUUAAAAAUAUGAGUAUCCAAAAAGCCUAACUCCCUUUCGUUGGAAGAAGAAAGUUUGAGAAUGCUUUUUGUUUACUCCUCCCGUCUUGUGUCUAUGGCAUUUGACAUAGUUGGCGGGUUCAGUGUCUUUCCCUCUUCCCCCCACCCUUCCUUAUCCAGGCUGCUUGUUACCCAAAUAAUGAAAGAGAUGACGCCUAGAUGGUGACAUAGGGCUGUGUUACAAUUAAACCAGGUAACGAGACACUGGGCAGAUGUGUUUUCAUUGCACUGUAAGAUAAAUGCAGUGUUAAAUGCCUGACAACUUCCCAGAAGCAAUCAGCAAAAGUUUAUGAGUGCAUAAACCUCAAAGACCAUUCCCCGGGUGUUUUUAUAAGCCCCGCAUUUAAAGCUUCUAUAAAUUCUUCUGCCGGCUUCCAAAGCAAAGUUACUCAAGACUAUUAAACACCCAUCUUCUCCAGGGAACUCGAAGAGAGUUAGUCACCGCGUUUCUGGUUUGAGAAAUGGGAGAGGAUUCCUCCCUCCCCUUUAGUAAGUUAAAUGUGCAAAUGCAUGAAAGUUUGCACAUCAAAGGAAAGAUGAGUGAUUAAAGAGAGAGAGAGAUGACUGGGUUUGGGGGAGGUAAGGAUGGGAUGGGAUGGGAGAAGGUCAAGAAUGAGGAGAAAGAACAUUUUGUCCAGUAAAUUCUGAAAAUCCAAAUGACUACCCGGUAUCAUGAUAUAAAUGAUGGCCAUGUUGUGGGUGUGGUGACACUAAGUUUAUUCAAGAUCAAUGCUUGUGAUGACAUUCGGUGCCCACUUUAUACUUUGUCCAUUACUCCUGUCCUUUGUACAUUGUGAUUCCUGUCCCUCGGGAGUAUUUGUCAUUCAUUACCAUUCAUUCCUGAGCCAUUUCAUUCUUCACUCCCAAAGUCUUCCCAGGGGCAGGUAAAUGUAGUGAAGGUACUACGCAAAAAGUUCUGACCCUAAGAGAAAUGUAGGGGGAAUGAAGUCAUACCUCUAGGUGAAAAAUCUCCUGGGACCAGUCUUUGCGCCUGUAGAAACCAGACUGUGCCAUAUCAAUUCCCCUCUCCACCAUCCCACCUCCCUACCCCAGCUUAAAACCGUGAAAUUCCAAUGAUUUUCCCGUCGUCCUUAAGUGGUCCGCCGACUUUUACAAGUUGAUAUUAAGCAGACACAACUUACCUCGGUUUAUAAAGAAUCCUUAUUGUGAUCCUAGUGAAAAAUAAGCUGUUCAUUGGAAAACAAUAACCCUACCAUGUUUUUGGAUUAAUAAAGAAAGAGGUUAACAGAUGCAUGGCGUUGGGGGGUGGGGGGGGGUGGGAGAUGUAGCGAAAGGAGGGGAGGAACUGUGGCCUUUAUGUAAAUGUACGGUUUGCUUUUCAAUCAGGACACGUGCGCAUGCCAAAUCCUCCCUACCCUGAAGAGUGGGUCCCCAGUUAGGGAAGACUCAAGCUGCCUGCGCAUUUUUAAUGUUUCUGUUCUAGCAAAACCCAAAGAUAUAAGUAAUGGCGGGAUACGUGGUACCAUGGUCCCUGUUAGCUGGCAUCUUAGGCAGUUCCUCGAGAAAAGAUGCCUAAGUCCCUUUUCAUUCUUUGCAGGUGAAAAUGCAAGGGUUUCCGUUGUAGCCAUAGCCUUUUCUUUAUGAAACGAGGCGCCCAACUGUUCUGAUAUUACCAUUCAAAAACAGGUUCUGUGGCGAACCUCAUUUGUGAAUCUAUUACAGAGAUUAAUAGAUUAUUUCUCCUUUUUCAACUAAUUCUCAGUGGGGAAAUUUAACCAUAUGGUAAGGAGAGAAUUAGAAUUUCAUCACAUUAGAGCAAAAUGUAAUGAAAAGAGUCCAACACCUGGGGCCAACUCUGAAAGACACAAUUAAAAGGAUUUUAAUGAAACCAGAGAAACCAAAAAUUUCAUAGCCUUCAGUUAUUCUGCCACAUAAGAAUGAUUUACUGGAGGUGUUGGGAAAUAUUGUUUUUACUUAUGUCAUAAGAAUGAAAACCUGCCACGAAAUGCCAUGUGCUUUCAGUGAUUAACAUCCAAAGGGGAGGGUAGCUUAUACUGUUAUGCAUAAGGACCCUGCCUCUGGUUUUCACAGUCCACCCCCUUUGCAAGCCAACCCCUCUAAGAACAACUGAGAUAAAAACACCCAGAAUCCACAUGAAUGGAUUACAUGCUAGUGUGGACACUAUCUUUCUGGAUAAAUAAACAGAACAAACCCUCUUUGGAUUUGGUGGGGGUUAAGGGCGUUGACCCCUGACAAAGUUGACUUUACACGAAGUGGAGAAAAAGAAGUGGUUGAUGUUCAGCAAAGUUUGAGAAACCAGCUUUUUCUUUCUGUUAGAGGGCGUGUGCUUCAUCAUCAUUACCUCCUUCAAUGGUUAGAAAGAGAUGGUUGCAAAAAAAAGCAGAAACUAAAACAGAUGGAAACUCCUCUAAAAUCACAUUGGUCUUUUGGUAUGCAUUGAUUUUGCAGUGGGGCAAGAAAUGAAGAAGGGAAGCGAAGGGAUUGCUCUAGUUAGUUAGGGGGUGGGGGGGACGGGAGGGUGGUUCCCAUUUCACAACAUCUUCAGGAACCAGAGGGUGAAAUUUCGAAUAUACCAACCUCUACCUCCAUCAAUUCAUUCUACCUACCUUUGGUUGCCACCCCUUUUCCCCCUCCCCAAGAGCUCCUUCUCCAAAUGCAGAUAAGAGUUAUCAUGUAAACAGGGGUGGAGUGUAAUUCUGGAUUGGAAGGGUAACUUAACCGAAGUCUGAUGAGCACUAGGGAAGAGACAGGGGGUGGGGGUGGGGGUGGGGAAUGCGUGUGGGGGGGCGGUGUUCUGAGUGGGGCUCUCUGGCUUCGGUGGUGCAGAUCUGCAAUUUGCUGAAGGAGGCAAAGAACAUCCUUAGAUCUAAGUAGGGCUUUUAGUGUGCUCAUUGAUGAGUGAAAGUCGCCACACAUGUCAAGCUAAAGGCAGUUGUUGGGUUACUAACAGGACACAACGCCUUGCAAACAUAUGCGUUAAGCUGUGUAUACAGAUGGCAGGGAGAAUAAUGGAGCAGGCGCCUUUUAUAAAGCUCUAGCUGCUGCCUGUCUUCAGACCUGGGGAAUGAAACUAUUCAGACUCAGGGCCAGAUAGCGCCUGGGAUUGUUUGUUACCGUUUUAAUCCUAUUAAUUAAAACGUUAACCUGAUUGGGUAGAAAGCUCUGUCCCAACAGGCAAGUCUUCUUCAUAAUAACCUACUCAGAGAUAAUGAUGUAAAAGACUCCCCCGUCUGUGGCAGCGGCUGGUUGAUGGGUCCGGAAAUCUCUUGGAGGUGAAUCCAAGCAAGAUAAACGGUGGGAAGAAGAACUGGUUUGGCUCACAGCAUCAGCAGCGGCGGCGACUCCGGCUCUGGCUCCGGGUCCCUCCCUCUUACCCUAACCAUGCUCGGCCGCGGUACAUGUUGAGCUCCAGCCUCCAGCACCAUCGGCUGAAGAAGAAGAAAAAGAGGAGGAGAAGGAGGCGGAGGAGGAGGCGAGAGCCGGGGAAGGAGGAAAAAGAAAAAGAAAGGAGAGAAGAGGGAUCUCGGGAGCUCCCGGACUGACGCCCGCACAGCCCCAAAACCCAGGCUCGGCUGCAGCGGCGGUGCCUUGCUGCUGCUGGUGCAGCGGUAUCGCGGCGGCUGACACCCUAGCAGGAGGCGGCGGUCGCGCGGUGGGUCUAGGCUAAAGAGGCGGCAGCCGGGACUCAGGCUGCUAGCUGGGACCCAGACUAUGGAGCGCGGUUUGCACCUCAACGCCGCGGCUGUGGCCGAAGAGGACCUGUUCCUGCACAAGAGCCUGAGCUCCGCCUCGGCCAAGCGUUUGGAGUCGGCUUUCCGCUCCACGCCCCCGGGGAUGGACCUGUCUCUGGCGCCACCGCAGCAGCAGCAGCCGCCGCCUCCGCCACCAUCGCCACUGCCACCGCCCCGGGACCGCCAGGCGUCGUCUUCCUCUUCGCCCCUGGGUUGCUUCGAACCUGCCGACCCGGAGGGGGGAGGGUUGUUGCUGCCGCCGCCCGGCGGAGGAGGAGGAGGUGGAGGAGGAGGAGGUGGUGGAGGAGGAGGUGGCGGUGGAGGAGGAGGAGGUGGAGGAGGCGGUGGCAGCGGAGGAGGAGGAGGAGGGGUGGGGGUCCCCGGGCUGUUGGUGGGCUCCACUGGAGUCGGGGGGGACCCCAGCCUGAACAGCCUGCCAGCCGGAGCAGCCCUGUGCCUCAAGUACGGCGAAAGCACCAGCCGCAGUUCGGUAGCGGAGAGUAGUGGAGGCGAACAGAGCCCCGACGACGACAGCGACGGGCGCUGCGAGCUGGUGCUCCGAGGCGGGGGGAGCGAGCCCAGGGCCUCCCCAGGAGGAGGGGGAGUGGGGGGUCCCGGGGGCGCCAAGGCAUCUGAGGGCUGCUCCAAUAAUCACCACCACGGUGGUGGUGGUGGCGGCCCCCCGGGGGGCCCGGGAGCCGGCGGGGGCAGCAGCAGCGGCAGCAGCAAGAAAUCCAAAGAGCAGAAGGCGCUGCGGCUCAACAUUAACGCCCGCGAGCGGCGACGGAUGCACGACCUGAACGACGCUCUGGACGAGCUGCGGGCGGUGAUCCCAUACGCGCACAGCCCCUCGGUGCGGAAGCUCUCCAAGAUCGCCACUCUGCUGCUGGCAAAGAACUACAUCCUCAUGCAGGCGCAGGCCCUGGAGGAGAUGAGGAGGCUGGUCGCUUACCUCAACCAGGGCCAGGCUAUCUCGGCUGCCUCGUUGCCCAGCUCGGCCGCGGCUGCCGCGGCGGCGGCCGCUGCACUUCACCCGGCCCUAGGCGCCUACGAGCAGGCGGCCGGCUAUCCAUUCAGUGCCGGGCUUCCGCCAGCCGGCUCCUGUCCGGAGAAGUGCGCCCUUUUCAACAGCGUCUCCUCCAGUCUCUGCAAACAGUGCACGGAGAAGCCUUAAACACAAAACAAACACACAAAACCUACCCAAAUGCUAGAGGAAGAAGAUUUUAUUGCCCCCCCCCCACCUUCUUUAUUUUAUUGCCAAGUAGUUGCAAACAUUUAACAGAAUCAACACAGCAAAAGAGUGAACCAACACGAAUCACAGAGACAAACAGGACUUUGGCCGUAACUUCUGCGGAUUAUCCGUGGAUUUUUUUUUGGGGGGGGGCGGGUUGUGGUGGCAUUUUUGGGAUGGGGUAUGCGGAAUUCAUGGGGGAGAGAGGGUGGUUUUAUUUUUCAUUAAAAAACGGUGACUUUUAUGCCAACCAAGUAAUAAGUCGCCUUUUGGCUUUUUGGAAGGGGGGUGGUGGGAGCUGAGAAAUAGCGUCUCUGUUAAGCAGGGGAGAGAUGAUUUAUUUAAAGCAAAACACUAAUCCUACUAAUAAUUAUUAAUUUGGUUAGGACUGAGGGGUUUAUGGGUCUGGGUUGGGUGGGGCGGCAGACCGGAUAUUCAUUCAGACAAAUCAGAAAGGGCACUUGAAAAUAAUUUUUGAUUCUGAGCCAGGAGAAAAACUUGAAAAGUAGACUUAUUUAAGUGAAAAAAAAAAGACUUACACGUUGCUAUGAAAGACUUGUAUUUUUUAUUGUCUCUGAACUCUAAUCCUGUGAAAAUGCAAAGUUUUAGGGAGAGUGACUUUAAAAGACUUGUGUGGCUGAAAGUAUUUUGCAUUUUUAAAUGUUUAUGUGCACCUUGUUACUUUCCACUUUGCAACGCUGUAUAACAAUACAUGAUAUUUAUUUGUUAUUAUUCAAGGACCCCCCUACACCAACAGUAUUUAUCAUGUGUUAAGGUCACGGGUCUUGUGUGUAGGUUUCUUUUUUUUUUAUGCCUCAAAAAUUCUGUUUUAUGGAUUAACUUAUACUGUGUGCCAAGUGUUUAAAAGGUUUAUUUGCCAACAACGUAUAAACAGAAAUAUUGUUGUAUCAGAGCUGCUUUAGGUUUAUGAAAGGUCAUCUGGAUUUUUUUCAGUUGCAUCAUCCCUGUAUUUAAAUUGAGCUUUAAUAAAUUGCUUCAGUCCAAAAAUUACAGGAAAGGUGUAUUCUUAAUUGCUGAAUGAAUUGAUCACUUUUUGAAAGGGGAUUCUUCUUUGCAUUCUUGAAGGGAAAUAGCUAUUUACUUUUACAAGGUAUCACAGCGAUAGAUCCUAUAAGUAAAAACAUUGCCAAGCUAAUAUUUUUUUCCGGCUGUGCUGUGCAUUUUUAGAAGGUCUUAAUUUAAUUCCUUUUACUAUGUAUAAAACUUAUUUUAACUGUGGGAGAUUAAGUUCAAAGACAUUUGGUUUGCCUAAGGUGUGAUUUUUUUGGUUAUUUUUCUAAAAAAUAAUAAAAUAAAAUAAAAUUAAGGAAGAGCAAGAAAAAGCUAUUUAUCCAAAGUAAGCUUUCAGUUUAGUUUGCAUGGCUGAGUACCUGCCUCUGUGCCACAAGAAAAUCUCUUUUAAAAAAAAUGAGCCCUGCUAUUUUCCAGUCCUUGCAGAUAAUACAAACUCAGUCUGUCAGGAGGAUGGUAAACUAAGAGUCAUGAUGGCUCUGUUGGCAGGUAGUGAUUGUGUAAAGAGUGAUAUAUAUUAAAUAGGUCAAUCAGAAUAUGACAGCUAUGUAUGAUCAUUUGUAUGUGUAUCUAUGUCAGAAAGAAUCUUUAUUAAAAUAUUUUGAACAAACA